GAGCCAUAAUUUGUCCCACACCAUAAAAUAUGGCGGACGUGUGGCAAGAACUCGAGGCCGUGAUCAGUGAAAAUCGUCGAGAACUGUCACUCAUUGGGCAAGACGUAAGCAAACGAAUUGAAAAAGCGGGACUAGACCCACAUAUUUUCCAGCUGGUCAAUCUCAAUCUUCUUGACAUCUCACGUACGCAGCUUGAUCGAGUACCAGACGAUUUGGGGAACCUGAUUAACUUGACAAACCUAACUCUGCAAAAUAACGCUUUGGUAUCACUCCCUUCGACUGUCGGUAAUCUUGUAAAGUUAAAGUUUCUAGACCUUUCUCACAACAAAAUAGAAAGGCUUCCGGAUGAACUGUCAAAGCUGAAAGAAUUGCAGACAUUAAAAGUCAACGUGAAUCAGCUGACCGACUUCCCAGAUGUUUCAACGCUUACGAGUCUUCACAUCUUGAACAUCUCCCAUAACAAGCUUUCAGCUUUGCCUGAUGGUAUAUGCAGUGAACAUCUCGUUCAUCUAAGUCAGAUCAAUGCAAGUAAUAACCAGAUUACCAGUCUACCGUCAGAACUUUCGUCGUUGCCACAUCUUAAUUCGCUUCAUUUAGCUAACAACCAACUGCAGGAACUUCCAAAUGAACUCAGCGAAUGCACAAAACUGAAGGAACUGGUCGUAAAUGGAAACAAAAUCAAGGACAGAAAACUUUUAAAGUUUACAGAACAGAAUUCUUUAAAACAGAUAAUGACAUUUCUGGCAACUGCAAUGGAAAAAGAGGCAGCAACAGGAGAUAAGAAAGACAAGAAAGCGAAGCAAAAGAAGAAAAAGAAGGGGCCACAAAAUGAUAAUGUUGAGGAUCUGGCCAGAAAUAUAAUAUCAGUUCUUCAUUUUGCUCCUGAUGUGGGUGUGGUGGUGAAAGUAGAAGCCAAAGUAUCAGAUGUCAGGCCAUACGUGGUUUGUUGUGUGCUUCGUGAAUUAAACUUUAAAAAGUCACUCAACAUGUUCAAGAGGUUUAUUACUUUGCAGACUCGUCUUCAUGAUACAGUCUGUCAGAAAAGACAAGCAGCAACUAUUGCGACACAUGAUUUGUCUUUUGUGAAGGCUCCACUCUUGUAUACUGCAAGGCCUUCAGAUAGUAUUAUGAUUACCCCUUUGUUCAAGACCAAAGAGGUGUCUGCUGGCAAACUUCUUACUAAUCUUCAGCAGGAGGCUGAUGCAUUAAGAAGAGAGAAGAAACGCAGUACAGUGAGCGGUAUUCACAAAUACCUUGAUCUCUUAAAGGACAAGACAGAUUUUCCUUGUCUCAUUGAUGCUGAUGGACAAGUGAUUUCAUUUCCGCCUAUAACCAACAGUGACAAAACCAAAAUCUCCAAGGAUACACAAAGUCUCCUAGUAGAGGUAACCAGUUCUGUCAGUCUAGAUGUCUGCAAAAAGGUCAUGGACACCUUGCUGAAGGAAACCCUUCAGAUGGGAGUAGGUGUUGGAUCUGGUGGUGGUACUGACAUUGCUGCAGACAGCACCGAUGAUAAGCCAGAGGAGCAGGAAGAUGUAGUUGCAGGCGGAGAGCAAACUGAAGGUAUAAAGCAUGCUAAUCUACGCCUUGUUGUUGAACAAGUCAAAAUUGUAGACGAAGAAGGGGGACUGAAGGUUUUGUACCCAUCACGCACAGAUCUUCAUGAGGAUGGAUUUGAUGUUAUCAGAAACUGGAAUCAGGAUGGAUAAUAUUUCAUUGUACUGUCACAAAUUAGCAACGUAGACAUUGUCUUUGACUACUUCACCUGAACAGCAAUGUUACAAAUUUGGCAGUUAAGGUUAUUUUUGUGAACUGCCCUUUUUCAGAGGUGCCCUUAUUUGGGGAUGUUUAAUUUUCUUAGCUAAUCAAAAGACCAUAAGCUCACUGUCCAAGCAAUGCUACCUGUUUUUUUUUACAUUAGGCUUUGAUCUUGUCAUCAGCAUCAGCCUUCUUAGUUUUUUAUUAUUAUUAUUAUUAUUAAGGCAAGUUAUAAGGGCUUAUCAUUGAGAUGAAGUUGCUGUCCAUGGUUAAAUGCAAAGAAAGAGACAUAGUAAUGGCAUAAAUAAAAUAUAGACGAUAUGUGCUUUACUAUCACAAAUUAAUCUGUAGAGUUUUUGAAAAGGUGGAAUCACAGAAGGUGUUCUUUUUGAAGAAAUUUUGAUAACAGUUUUUAUAAGCCUUUUACUAUUAUAAGAACAGUCGAAAGCGAGGCAAAGGAUGUCAGAACCACAUAGGCCAACUGAAGGGGGCUGCCCAAACCUGGUCCGCUCACAAGGUGUUGCGGCCCCAUGCUCCUCGAGGAGUAACAAGGACUAAACUAAACUUUAUUGUUAUAAGGAAGUAGUUCCUUUCACUUUUCAAACGUCCGUAAGUGAUAUUAAGAUUCUGUUCAAUAUUGAUUUCAACCUGUGGGGAUAGUGUACAACAUAAGAUGAUAAAAUCUUCUACAUUCUUCAGCAGCAUUCUUCCUAACACUCAAACGUACUUGCAAAUACUUACAUGAUGGUAUGAUGCGCAGGUAUAUUGAGUGUUGUCCACUGCAGUUCACUCCACAAUGGACCAGCAGUCAGUGAUUUCAGCUCUUGAAAGAGAUACUGCCAUUUCUGCUUGCAUGGAAAAUAAUUUGUCUGAUGUGACCAAGAUAAAAAAUCUAUAAUUUUUGAGAAUAAUUUGAUGGAAUUUUUGCAGUUUUAUGUUUAGGUUCCUUGAUUUAAAGGAAUGAUGAUGUUCCAGUUGAUGUCAUUGUAAAACUGGACAUUAUGCCUUAGUUUUGAAUUUUUUUUUUAUACAAUUUUAUUCUAUGCCUAGAUAAGAAGUUUGGUUACUGCAUUGGGUUAUGAAAAAAAUUAUGGCAUCUAUUGGUUCAAGCUACCUUGGUAGUACUAAAUAUCAGGGAGAACAACUGUCAAAAGCACAGGCCACAAAAGUCUUCAUAAAUUAUAAAUUAUUCAAUUUAGACUAUAACCAGAUUUAUAAGAGUAUAGCAGUAUAUCAAGAAUCUUAAAUUUGCAACCAAACAACAUUUAAACCUACAAACCCAUCUUUUUUGGGCAAGAUUUCCCAAAAACUUACAUUUUAUUUUGCAGCUUGCCAAAAAAAAAGCUUUGAUUGGUUCAGAUUUUUCUCUAGUUUUAGUUGUGGUUUGAAAAAAAAGUUCAGUUUUUCUUUUUUUAUGUGUGAAUGGGGAGUGAGGUAAGGGUGGGUAGUGUUAUAAUGAAUAGGAAAAGUGAUGCAAUAAUUGCGAUAAAAUUUGCUGAAGAUCAGUUAGCCUUUAACUAUACCUUAAUUCAACAUUCAGCUUAUACUUCAUAAGCUUUCAGAACACCAGAGUUUAACAAUACAAAAUAUUUUUUUAGUUGUAAAUUUAAAAUGUAAUACUAUGAUUGAAUUUUGCUCAAUAGAUUUCUAAGUGGAGAAGUUUCAUGAGGCAUUCAGUAGUAUGAGCUUCUUAUAGUAUACUCCUGAAAUUUGUAUUUGUACUUUUAAGAUAUUUGAGAUGCAAUACAAAAAAAAAAAAAUCCUAUUAUGCUAUAUUGCUAUUAAUAUUAUUAUGUGAUUCAUUCUAUUGGCUUCUAUUGUGGUGGUAUUUAAAAGAUAAAGAACCUGAUGACUGUACUCUUUUCUGUUUUAUUCAUAAGCAUGAUAGCAUCUGAAUCUUAAUUUACAAAGUAGUGUAAGUGCUGCAAUUAUGUUGGUUUUUUUUUUUUUAAAUGGCUUGAAAUCCUUCUGUGAAACCACUAAAACCAAUCUGUCAUGUAAUCACUCGUGCCUCUCAUUUAAUUUUGUAUUCUUUAUUCGAUGCAUAAAACCAUGAGCAUAUAUUUAUAUAUAGCAUGGUCUCAACCAAGAUUGUCAGUCUUUCAGAUUUAGAAAGACAAAAUUUUGCAAGCACUGAAGCAGAAACUGCUGUACUGCUCUCAUUAGUCUGAAUCACCAGUAAAAUUGAACCAAAAGUCAGACAUGCAAUUAAGUUUGAAAUUGCUUUCACAUAGGGCAGUCAUCGGCCUGUAGCAAAGCUAAAGAGUGAUUCUUUUUUUAAUUGUAUACGUUGACCUAUUGAUUGGAUUGAUCUCAAUUCUUACUUCUGAUGUCACUCAGAACUUUGAGAUACUAAUGAGACCUUGUUCAGUUGGUAAGCAUGCAUGUGAUAUUGCAGGAAAUUAGGUCUUGAUCUCUUUCCUAAUCUUAGGUGAGAACAGGAAUGUUAAAGACAUGUUUGUAAUGAAGGGAAACAGCGUUUUUGCUCAGAUUUUAUAAAUUAGCAUCUUGUAAUGAAUUAAACCAACUCAUUUCAAAAUAAGUGCGCACUGUUGAGCCCGUCUAUCUUCAUUGUUUCGUGACAAACCUUUCUUUAAAAUGGCUUUUACUGAGCACUUUCCAUUGUAUUUUGCAUGCUUGGAGUAAUGUAUCUCACAGUAAUGGAACAUUAACAAGUUUUUUCCUUUAGUUGCAUUUACAAUUUAUUCUUCAAUCCACAGUUUGAACAUGUGCCAACUUAUAGUUUCACUGAUUUCUGAAGUCAGAAAAUAUUUCUGUUUAUGGCUAGUUUUUGUUUUAAAUUUUUAAGGCAGAAUAUUUUUAACUACAAAAUUAUGUUCAAGUUUUACUGGUGUGCAUUUUAAAAAUAAAGAACUGCAGUCCCCAUCA